AUCACUCACCCAAGACUAGAGAUACACAUGUCAAACUAUGACCGUGACUAAAGUCUUCUACAUUUGGUAAGUCCAUCUGUAAUUCGUGGCUUCUGAUUUGAUCUUUAAACAAAUGCUUUCAGUGGAAGUGACAAAGGGUCAUCUGAAUAGAAAGUGCCUGGGGUUAUACAACUCUGUUAUCAUAAAGGUGGAUGACAGACCAGGACACAGGGAGACCCAGGUCUGAACCUACAGAUGGCAACGGAAUAGAGUGUAUGUUUUGGAGAAAAUGCAAGUCACAUGCAUGGAUUUUAGGAAUAAAUAACUUUGCUGCAUAUCAAGUCCUGCACAGGAGAAGGUGAGAGAAACCAACUGUAACUUCCUUGUUGACAUGUUUCUCGGCUAAUGCAAACUCAAGACUUCCAUGUGCUGCAUAAAGAGUGACAGUCACAAAUAUUUUUAGAUUUCAUGUAAUCAUUAUGCAUCAUGAGUUAUUUCUUGGCUUUCUGCAAGUCCCAUCAUGGCACUGUAUUUACUCAGUACCAGCUGCUUCGAUCUUAUGGCCACCUGUGUGAUGUGUCUCUAGUAGUGGAUGGGCAUAAGUUCCCAGCACACAAGUCCUUGCUUGUUUGCUCAAGUGACUACUUCAAGGCAAUGUUUAAAGACCAUACCGCAGAGUCCAAAGCCUCUGUCGUCCACCUUAAAGUUAUUUCAGCAACAGGUCUGCAAAAUAUAUUGGAUUUUAUAUAUACAUCAUGGCUGUCUUUUUCCAUGAAUACUUUGGAGGACACAUUGGAAGCAGCUACUUAUUUGCAAGUGAUGGAUGCAAUACCAUUAUGCAGCAAGUAUAUAAUCAAUAACUGCGACUUGGACAAUUGUUGCUUCUGUGCCAAUAUUGCUUUAAAGUAUUAUCUUAUUGAUGCUUUAGUGGAAACAGAGAAGUACAUUCACCAUAACCUUUGGGAGCUGUUGCAAGAGGAUCUAGAAGGGACUGAGCUUCUAGAAUUAAAUGCAAAGUCAAUGAUCAAGCUGGUGCAGUCAGAUGAUCUUCCAAAGGUAACUGAACAAUGUCUUCUGGAUUUGGUUCUAAAGUGGCUACAGUAUGACAGAACCAGGCUCUUACAUACUAAAGUGCUUUUUGAAAAUGUACGAUUUGGGUUACUGACUUUAGAAACCCUUCAAAAACUGUACAAACAAUCUGAGGUUCCUUUAACACCAUCUAUUAAAAGUCUAAUUAUAAAAGGAAUAAAUUAUCAUUCAUUCCCUUCAAAGCAACCCAUCUUACAAGAACAGUACAGCACUCUGAGGAACCAAAAAGGAUGGAUUGUGCUAGUAGGAGGCUCUGCCAAUGGGGAACUAGUGGAGAAUGUACUAGGAUUUGAUGUCUACAAUCAUAAGUGGAGAAUGGUGACAAACCUAAAAAUGAAAGUUCAACAUCACUGCACAUGUGUAAUCAGUAACUUUCUAUAUGUUCUGGGAGGAGAAACUACUGAAAAUGUUGACAGUAAAUCAAGCAGCACUUGCUUAUCACCUACAAAUAUCGUUUAUCGCUUUGACCCAAGGUUCAAUCAGUGGAUGCAAGUCUCUAGAAUGCUGGAGAAACGAGCUCAGUUUUCUUGCUGUGUAGUAGAUAAUCAUAUAUUUGCUAUAGGAGGCAGAGGAGAUCAGAUGGUUAUACAUUCAUCGGUGGAGGUCUAUGAUAUAAGAAGAGAUAUGUGGACAAAGUCCAAAGAGCUUUCUUUCAAAAUCCAUGGUCAGGCCAGUGCUGUACACAAUAACAUCAUCUAUAUUUCCGGUGGAAAGUUUGAAGGACAGACAAACAGCCUUAAAGAUGUAUACUCAUAUAAUAAAAUGGAAGAACAAUGGAGGAAACAGGCUUCUAUGUCAAUUGCAAGGUUUGGACAUCAGAUGGCUACUGUUAAAGACACUAUAUUUACAUUUUUGGGAAUUUAUGAACCUUUUUCCGACAUAGAAAAAUAUGAUCCUUUGAAUAAUCAGUGGACUCGUUUGAGACCAAUGGCCUUUGACCGGUUUUGCUAUGGUCUGGUGGUGGUAGAGCAAACUGUACUUUUACUUGGAGGCAAGAAAUGGCAGGACUCUCAGGAAGUGGCAACUCACAAUAUUGUUGGGUACGAUUCUGAAAAUGAUUGUUGGGAAGAAAUCUGCAGCCUAGCAUUUCCAUUCUGUGGUCUACAGUGUAAUGUUCUCCAACUGUCUGACUCAAAUGAGAAUGAGGAAAAACAAGCCAGACCAUGUACAGAAAUUAAGUGAUUUAACUGGUAAUGUAUGUGAAUAUGUAAAAUUAAUAUCAGAAUUUAAAGGGUUACUUAUUUUUCUAGAAAUAGAGUCACUCUUGUUCAUGGGCUGUCUUUGGUAUUGCAGCUCAGUACCAUUCAAGUGAGUAGGUCUGAGCUCCAAUACUAGACACAACCCACGGAUAAUAGUGGCAUUAUUUCUGGAAAUUGGACAGAUAUUUUUUCUUAUCUCAAAAAAAACCUUUUAGUUUGACUUGUGUGGGUCUCCAUCAGUCUAUAAUAUAGAGGAAGUCAAGAUAAUUCAUGUGUCUAAUAAGUGUUGUCCAAUCUGACAAUUUAAACACGAUAUGUUACUGUCUUAUAUGUUAAUUGCCAUAGUGACAACAUAUUCUGCAGAACACAGGCUCAUUGGCUUAGUGAAUAAGAAAGGAGGUUAUCUUC